AUGCAGCGGCUGCUGCGGCGGCUUCUCCCCGCGCUUUACUCGGCGCGGCCGGCGGCGGCCCGCGAUCUCCUCCUCGCCCGGCGGGCUGUGCCCGCGCUCUCGCGCCUCAUGGCGCUGCGGCCGGCGGCGGGAGCGGAGGGGGGCGAUGGCGGCGGGGACCCGUCCCGCGCGGCCGGCGCGACAGCGGGGCACGAUGGGCUGGAAAAUGUACAGCAAAAGAAAAUCUUUAAGGAGAAUAAGAAAAGGACACAACAGAGAAAAGAGCCAUGUCAUGCUGAUUCGGUAGAAUCUCUGAUGGCAGAAAUGCCGUUUGUUGACACAGAUAUUGAAGAUGAAUUUGUUAUGCAUGCAACCUCUGAAAUAAAUACAAAAAAGAAAAGAAAGAGGACUACUGGAAGGGAAAUUGAAGAAGGCAGUGAGAGAAAGAAGAAAAAGAAAAAACAGUAUCAGCCAAAUUAUUUCAUUUCUCUUCCAAUUACCAAUCCAGAGAUUACUGGCAGUAUUCAGGCUGUCCAAGAUGCAAUAAUACAAAAGGAUCAAAGGCUUUCCAAAGCAAUGGUUCACUCUGGCUCGUUGCAUGUCACCAUGCUAGUGAUGCAUUUAUCCAAUGAAGAAGAAAUUAGCGUAGCAGUUGGUGCUCUUUCAGAUAGCAAGGAUUUUGUAGAAGAUCGCCUGAAAGGAAAAACCGUGGAUUUGUCUUUCCAAGGAAUCGAUCACUUCAAAAAUGAAGUUGGAUUUGUGAAGCUGGCAGAAAAUGAUCAUACCACUAUACUUGCGGAAAUAGCAGAGACUAUGAAGAAGAUAUUUCAAGAAAAGGGCAUCUUUGCAGGAGAAGAAAGAGCUUUUAAACCACAUCUGACCUUCAUGAAGUUGUCAAAAUCAACACAGCUACGUAAGCAGGUGAAAAAAAUUGACUCAAGCUUGUACGAAGAUUUUAAAAGCCAUUAUUUUGGAGUUGAAAUCCUGCACCGCCUAGAUCUUUGCUCCAUGUUGAAAAAAAAGCAACCAAAUGGUUACUACUACUGUGAGUCCUCUAUUGUUUUUGGUGAAAAACGUGCAGCAGAGCCAGACGAUGCAGAGCUGGUGAGCCUCAGCAAAAGGCUGGUGGAGAACGCGGUGCUGAAGGCUGUACAGCAAUAUUUAGAAGAAACGCAAAACAAAACCAGACAAACUGAUGGAAGCCCUGUGAAAACUGAAGAAGCAGCAAGCGGCAGUAAGAAUGAGAGCGACAAUGAUAACAGCAAGUGAGCACUGUGCAAAAAAAGCCCGGGAGCAAAUAUCCCACCAAGAAUAACCACAAAAACAUGUCCCAGCUCCCUGCUGAAAUUUGCUAAGUGAUGCUGGGUGACAGGCACUCUGCUUUGUGAGUCUCUUAUCAAAAGUUUGUUCUGAAUCGAAGGACACUGUCUACUGGUUUAAUAAGUGCUCGCACUGCUGAAAAUCUGUUGAAUGCUGGGAGGGAUGGACAGUGGAAAAAAGACAAGAAUGGUGAAGCAGGCGGCUCCCGUCUUCACUGGCUCUUGAUACCAGGAGUCCCUUCCUUGCUUUUGAAGAGAAACCGAACCCUUUGCGUUUGCCUUUCGGAUUGUCACGAAUGGCCGUGGAAGAGGCCUUGCCAUAAGUGGAAGUGCUGCCCUCUGCCCGAGGGUUUGGCACUGCCGCAGGGCUGCUUACUCCGUGUGAGAGCACAUGCUGUUUCCUAGUCAACAGCAGUCAACCCCAAGCUAAAAAUUACCACUACAGAUACUCAUCGCAGAUACUGUUACACAGUAUGUAAUAUGGCAGGAGUUUUUCUUAAAUGUGACACUGUACUGGUCUUUACUUUUUGGUAGCAUUUGUUGGUGUAAAUUAUAUUUUUUUGACAAAGUACCUUUUUAUAAAAAAUCAAUAUGGGCAAAAGACCGAGCACUUAAUACUAUCCAAACCAGAUACGAUCUCUUUAUCUCCAUACAUUAAUGAUUCUGAAUGACAUUAAGUUGUUAUAAAAUGUAUUAUAUUGUUCUUUUCCUCUAGGAAAGAGCCAUGAAGCAGACUUAGUAAAGGAUGCUUUGCACAGAGAAACACAGGCCCUGUUAUCCAGACUGAAUCAGAUAAAGGAGCUGUUAUCCAGUCCCGAGAUCCGCAUGAAAAUUAGCAAAGAACUGUUUGAAGACAGGCACAACUCUAACAGUAAAUGGAAAAGUUGUAUUGACUCUGGAUCUCCAAAUGCAUGAUUGUCAAUUGCCAUGAUGUAUAAAAUCUCAUCGGGUUGUUUAAAGACAAAAAAAAUUUUUCAAGAAAUUUUCCUUUCUAUUUCUUUUUUACUGAAAAUAUGAAUGGGUGUAAAUGGCUCAUGAGGAAUCAUGCUGAAAUACUUGCACAGAAGAAUUAUAUUUCAUAAUGAUGAAGUACAGCCACUCCUCAGCACUGCUUUGAAACAUGCUUGAAUGUGCAGGUAUAUGUCAUGGCUCCAAAGUGGAAAAAUACUGGUUUCAGAUAAAUCUAAGCAAACACUGUGCCCUUCCUUUGUCAUUGCAGAUAAUUCAGAUUUUUCUCAUAGAUCCCUUCCCUAGCAAUGAUAUACAAAUAUUAAAAAGUGGAUGCUUUUAAAUACUUUAAAAUGUAUAUUUGAAAAAAACCUCUUUUAAUGAUCUGCCUUUUGGAUAUGUACUGCCAUUUUGGGUUAGCACUGUCUGGUUUUUAUUUUUUUUUUAAACGGCACUUGAAUACUUGGAUAGAUGCUGACAUGUUGUUUCUGCUGAUGUUUACACUAAUGCAAGAAUGUUUUAAAUUUCAGAAUGAAAUUCAGGCUCCACUGAUCUCAAUGGCAGACUGUCAUUGGUUUUAAUGGAGUCAGGAUGCUGCAGUUAAGAUUUCUUGUGAAAAUAAUAAUAUUCCUUGGGAUAAUAUUUGCCUUUUUACUUUUGUAGAACGGUGGUUUUGUUGAUUGUUUUUGAUGUUUCCUCCAUCUCUUCCUCCUGCUGCCUCAGGUGGGGUGUCAGUUUGCUCUCCUUUUUCCCUCCACACACCUACAAGAUUCACUGAAGCUUUGUAUGUACAACAAUGCAGGAGUAGUUCCAAUAUUUGCAUUUUUUAUAAACAUUGUUUAAAAUUGCCUCUGAUCAUAAAAGCUAUAUAAAUAUGUAUUGUGAUUGGUAUCAGAAUUGUGCUGUUAGAACAGCUGUGUGCAUAUUCUUCAUUGGUCUCAAGCACUGGUCAUUUAUCUCGUGUCAGAACUUUUUUUCUUUUCUCAUUUGAUAUGUAACAGUGUAUUCUGAAAUACAUCUCAUACAUGCCAUGUUCACAAUAAAGUAUUUUUUCCUUUGCA